AUGGCCGGCUCGAUAUUCGCUUCCGCGGCGCCGUACCACGUCAUAUCCUACGGAACUCUCCUGGGAACGACAUUCUUCCACUCCUUCGUCAACGGCAUCGUCAUGUUCCGCACCGUCAGCCGGCCCUCCUUCUCCGCCAUCCAGAGCAAGCUGUUCCCCAUCUACUUUGGCAUGCAGACGGCCAUCCCCGCGCUGCUCGCCCUCACGUUCCCCGGAAACGCCCUCUUGGGCAUCAAGGGCGGCAUCGGCGGCCUCGUCGACGCUCCCAACAAGUGGAGCUCCUUGGUGCCCAUCGCAACCAUGUUCGUCAGCGGCCUCGUCAACCUCGCCGUGCUGCUUCCCGCCACUGUCAAGACCAUGAAGGACCGCCAUGGACAAGCCAAGCGAGACGGAAAGGAGUGGUAUGACAAGGAUGCACAGUCGGAUGAGAUGCGUGCCCUCAACAAGAAGUUUGGCAUGCUGCACGGCAUCUCCUCCCUCGUCAACCUUGUCGAGUUCGUCGCCCUGGUGGCGUACGGCUUCACGCUGGCAUCUCGCAUCCAGUAG